AUGACUAAUGAUUCUCGAGUUGUUUCAGAGUUCCUUUGUUCUAACUUCUUUUUUAAGUUUCGAACGAAACGAGUUAUGAUCAUUGAUGGAGGUUCUCACUUUUGCAACCGUACCAUUGAGGCUUUGCUACAAAAUUAUGGUAUCAAGCAUAAGGUUUCAAGCCCUUAUCACCCCCAAAGUAGUGGACAAGCAAAAGUGUCUAACCGUGAAAUCAAAAGGAUAUUGGAGAAAUCGAUUGGGCCAAAUUGGAAGAAUUGGUUCCAGAGGUUAGAUGAUAUUUUAUGGGCUUAUAGAACUGCAUUUAAAACUCCUAUUGGUAUGUCUCCCUUCAGGUUGGUCUAUGGCAAGGCGUGCCAUCUUCCCGUGGAGCUUGAACACCGAGCUUGGUGGUUUGUGAAGAACUUUAAUAUGGACAUUGAUGAGGCCGGAUUGCAUAGGAAACUCCAAUUGCACGACCUUGAAGAUAUUCGAAAUAAGGCCUAUCAUUCAGCUAUGAUUUAUAAGGAGAAGACAAAAGCGUUCCAAGAUGGCAUGAUUCGUCGGAAAGACAUUGUUGUUGGGCCAAAGAUCAAAAGUGACGUGAAAGGGACCAAGUUCACGAUCAAUGAACAUCGCUUGAAGCCGUACUCUGAGAAUUUUGUGGAACAUGUCGUUGAGGAGACUUCUCUCCACGACCCUACAACAAGAUGA